UCGAAUCUUGUAGGCUAUGAUAAAAGCAUGUUUUAUUCUCAAUUGAAUAAAAUAGAGAGAAGGUUCAGAAUAGACAAAGUUAAUUGGUUUAUGCGACGCGUAAUGCAGUUGUCCUGUAUAAAAGUAUUAUUUUGUUACGCUCUUUAUAGUCAUACCAAAUGGUCGUUAUUGCUGUUUACACCUAUACUGAAUACAUCUUGCUCAUUGUUUGAAUUCUGCAAAACAGGCUUUCUGCAUCUGGUGCUAUCCCACGGGAAUGCCAGCACCACUUUAAUAGAUAUAUUCCUUAUUUGUUUACAUUGGUUAUAAACAGGCUGCUCCCAUGUUUGGCUAUGCAAUUUCAUCCCGUAUGCAGCUAAAAUAUCCAGAUCGUUAUUUUUCAACAUCGAUUUUAUUGCAAUAAUUGACAGAUAAAUAUGAAAAAGAGGCAAUCAUCAGUACUGUAAUCUAGAACUUCGUUUUUUAGCACGCUCAUAGUUAUCUUCGGAGUCGAGUCCAGUUGUUCAUUCAACAUAGAGGAAGCUAGACGACUCAACUUUUCAAGAAACAGCUCUGAAAGCACAAAAACCUCGGGUUGCUUCAGUAGCAGACACACUGCUAAUUUGAACGUCGAUAAGGCGCUGCAACGCUCAUCACGGAAGUUGCUGCAACAACUCCAAUUGAAAAACAAUUGUGUAUGGUACUCGAGUCGCCAACGUGAGGGUAGAGUGGUCCGGCAGUACCCGUGUAGCCCCCACCAACCACAGAUGCUUACAAAAAUCAGUAACCUGACUGGUAAACGGGACCCAUUGAAAGACUUACAAAAUUCUGGAUCUUGUGAAUAAUGGCGGAACGAUAUAGUUCAGAAAGUAAUGUGGAUUCGGAAAGCUCCGCCUCUUCGAUGGAAGUGGAUCUUGACCUGAUGGAAUACCCACGAAGUCAACACAGUCCUCCACCGGAGCUAAUGACAGCUAUUGAUCCCUGGGCCCUUCAAGUGGUGCGUCAUGAAUCCACUCAAGCGAUUUCACCGGAAGUUAUCGCUAUCAGCUCUGACGAGAAUGAAGAACCAGCUAGCCACCCGGCACCAACCUUGCACCCAACACCUACGCCAGGUCCUUCAACUUCGACAGCAAACUCGCAGCUCAUGGCUCUCAUGCCAUUCAGGGAUGAUGGAUCCGCCUCACGUUUUGGUCCAAUCGGAUGGAGAAACGCACCACCAAAUUUAAAUAAUGCUAUUGGCUCCGUCGCGGCAUCGGGCGAUGAAAUUGGAGACGAACUUUACAGGAGUGCUAUUCACAUUGUGCUUAACCAGGUGAUAAAUAAUUCGGGAACAACAAACAACACAGCGCCACCUACUCAGAACGAAUGCAAUCGGCCCAGUCGCCUCAGUCCAGACGAAGAGCCUCUUCAUAACGAACUUGGGCAGCGGCCAUCAAACUUAAGACAUUUGCGAAACUAUGCAAGCAAACCUCACCGAGAUCUUCCUAGUUCUCUUCACGCAACCGACUCUCAGUCGAGCUAUCGAAUUUCGGGUAGACCUCGCCCAGGCGUGCUGCGUGUUACUAGAGACCUAAGCCAGCGUCAGGGACUUGAACACUUGAUGUCCUCUUCUUCAUCUGAUCCUGGAACGGCAUCUGUAUCUGGCUCGGCAACGGAUUCUGGCUCAGACGCAGACGAGGAAACCGAGUCAGAUACCGAAGUUGACGACCAGGACGAAUCUCAGUGGUAUGGGGCAAAUGGUCACGCUUCUCGGCCAAACUCUCCGACCUCGAAUAGAUUCUAUGGAUCGGCGCCAAGCUCUGCGUCAGCGAUUGCUAAGGUAGUAACCGCUUUUAGCAGUGGCCCCUCUACGGCGGCUGGGGCGGCCACGGCCGUGAGGACGCACAUUGAAGAACCAAUGCCUUCGUCACUCAUGGGAUCAGCUUUCGAGCCAACUCUUGGCGCUUGUAGUGCUUCGUCGGCCACACCCUCUAGGAGCCAAGCAGCGGUGCGUAAAUCAUCUGCUAUGGAAUCAUCUCCGGGGUGUCAACAGCAGGAACAACAGCGACUCAAAGAUGAAGCAGAAAAGGAAAAAGAACGACAGGAGCGGCUAGCUAUACAGGUAGAGAUUGAGUUACGGGUUCCCCGCCUGCCUCAGUACGGUGACAUUGAGGUAACCACGUCGAAUGGAACUAAACUGAAAGCUAAUUUUCCUGAAGCUACCACUAUAGAGGCAGGCGCGAAGUCUCCUCGCAAGCCUCCAAGGCCUUUAAGAAAGAUUAUCCAUGGUCACGAUCCCAAUAUACUCCAACAAGCAAUUAAACAUCACGAAGAGACAAUAGAAGCUGCUGAAUCCCUGAAAAAGUUCCAGAUGGGUUCCAUUCUACAGGCUAAAUGGCUUCCUGACAGGCAUAAAGCUGAGGUAACCUUACGAAGAGGAAAAAUGAUUGAGACUAUGGGAUCAGCCACGAAUCCGGUGAUGCUCGAGUUCUACGAGGCACUCUACCUGCUGGAGCGCGGCAAGCUUCACUUGGUGUGUUCAGAAGGGGUGCCAAUGUCAGUCUUCGACGCGUAUGCGACCCUUUUACGUAAUGAAGCUGAUCAUGAGUUACAUCUUUUGUUCGAAUAUCUCAUGGAGGGGAGCUGCAUAGUCGUUCCAUAUAAAAAGCCACCUAAACGACGAAAACCGACAGCGAAAGACAGCACCGAAGAAGAAAAACUUCUGUUGGCAGCACAAUCUCUUGCAUUGCCAGUGGUACCUGCCCAGUCUGCUUUUUCGAAGGAUUCCGAUUCGGAUCUUGAGAUAAUUUCGUGCAAUAUGCCGUUACCGGAUAAUAAGGACAAGACUCCGAAGGAAAUUGAGUUGGCCUACACGCCUGGGCCGAUUUAUAAGGGCAAGCCUAUUUCAUUUGUAGACAUUUCGUGUGCGGGCCAGUCGCUUAUUUUGCCCACGAUUCCGCCUGAACUAUCACCGGCUUGUGUAGCUCAUGACGUUAGUAAUGCUAACGGUGUUAACAAGACAACUACUGUUGGAAGCCAACCGUCAAAUGUCUUCAUAGCGGGGCGUUCGCUGACUAUACUUGAGGAAUGGGUCACCGCGUUGGGCAGUGAAAAAGUGGAUCCGCUCAAUGAGGAGACGGGCGAGUACCUAGAAUUAAGCCCGAUUACAAAGGGCAGACUACGAAAGCGGAAGGGUGACUGCUCAACGACAAAAAAAGGAGCUGCUACCAAGAGGGGCAAAAGGAAUAAACAGUUUGCAGCGAUGGAGGCCGCGCAGGCACAGAUGCAUAGUACUCUAGCGGCCAUGCUACAACAGGGGCCCGUACCAGGCUCUUUCAUGUUCCCGCCGGGUUCGGCUGGAACUAUGCCUGAUGCCUCGACGGAGCGUUUCCAUCGCCGUUGGUUCCCUAGAUGGUUCGAUGGGCUAGAGUUGGGCGUGCAUUCAUCUUCUGUGCAGAGCACUCUGCACAGGUUUACUCGAGACGGAAUUCCGCUAAUUCCUUUCGCAAAAAACUGGUAUGAGUACAAGCAAGAAUUCGCUAGAAUCGUGGCCGAACGGGGAAGUGGCGUUGACAACGUGUACGAUAAGCGGAGUGCCUUGUAUAGCGGAACUACAAAACCAAUGAUGACCGGUACCAAAGGAAACAUGACUUCACUUAUCUUUGAGGAACUUACCCUCGGUAAAGAGGUCACAGAGAACCUGGCAGCACUCUUAGAAGGAUUUGGACGUUUGGCAGACGGCGACGAAGAUGAGACAGACAAGAAAACUACCGAUCAGUCUGUAAAACCUUUAAGCGAAGAACCAACGAAGGAGGGACAACCGCAGUUAAUAUCUGUUAUAGAUGUUCCACAAGACAACAAUCAUGAAUUCCGUAAGAAACAUUCAGUCAUCGUUAAAGACGAACAAAAUUAUCGUGCAGAUAAGACUUCUUCCUUGAUUACCCCAGAUUUAUUACAAACAGUACUUUCUACGAAUUCAAAAAACAGUCUCAUUGGUCAUUUAAACGGUACUUCUACAACCGCAUCGGAAUUAGCCUUAGACAGUCCUACCAUGGGAGCAGGUCCUGACGAAAAUACUAUAUCGAUCCCACUAGCUUCUCUGAGCACUGACUUACUAAUCAAUGAGUGCAAGCAAAGCGAAGGCGUUGAUAUUAUUAAUGAAGGAAUCGGCACGACUGUCGAUAUAUUAUCAUCCAAAUAUAAUCCUUCGGAGUCUCAACAACAGAGUAGUAGUAGUAGUAGAAAUGAGAAGUUGGAGCCAAGUUCAGAUCAACAACGAGAUCAGCUUAGUCCGCCGAAGUCAGCGCCACCGCGUAUCGUAUUUGAUGUAUAUACUGAUUCGGAGUAUUCGAAAAACUCCCCGUCGCUCCCAGACUUCCGGGUAGUUUUGCUCCCAAAUGGAUCGAAGGGCCUUCUGAAGUUCAGGGACCUCGUUCGUUUAAGCGUCGAAGCAGACGAUACCACCCUUCUCAUCGCCCAUGUCGUUGACGGGAGAGUUCGCACUAGGCAAGUGAUGCCCUUUAGCAUACCUAGAUACAAUUAAAUGGAUGCUGCAGCGAGAGGGAA